AUGAUGCAGCUCAAAACAAGCAUCCAGCAGGAUGGCACACUAGAGACAUUGCCUGUAGAAGUAUUUGGGCAAGGCGAAGUGAUUCUCAGGAUUGGAAAUGGCGGGGCGGGCGGAAUCGGGUUAAUUGAAGCCCUUGCAAACGAUUACCUGUCUCUCAGACACGCCCCCGGUUCUAUUGCUUGGGUUUGCAAUCAUUCUCGAAACACGCAACUCGCCCUUUUCAACGGGCACAUUGAUCUCGCCCUUACCUACGAGCGGGAACAAGAGGAGAUUUCCGUCCUGGAAGGCUGGGCGCAGAACGCAGGAUGCAUUUUCCACGACCAUUUCUGUCUGAUUGGCCCGGAACAUGACCCAGCGAACAUUCGAGAAGCGCGAUCUAUAGAAGAUGCAUUUGAGCGCAUCUUCUUGGCAGAAUUUUUGUUCCAUUCCAGAAGCGAUGGCUCAGCAACUAUGUGCAAGGAACGGGAAAUCUGGCGUCGGUGUCACCGGUCGCCCUGGAAUGCGAAGUCUACGUGGUAUAUCCAAACGAAGCAAUCAGAAUGGCGGCUGUAUCGGGUGCUUACAUUCUCAUUGACCGGUCCACAUUUCUCUACCAGGUUAAUCAGGGCAAGACUGGAAACUUGA